AUGGUGAACAGAAGAGCUUCGCAUGCAGGAUCUUGGUAUUCUGGAGAUCCAAGAGAAUUGAAAAAUCAACUGAAGAAUUGGCUCGAAAAAACGAAAUUUGAGAAAAAAGCCAAAGCCGUGAUCGUGCCCCAUGCUGGCUACGCCUAUUCUGGUCCAACUGCUGCUUGGAGUUUUGCUCAAAUCGACGCUCAAACGACCAAGAAAGUCUUUAUCAUCGGACCAUCCCAUCAUGUUUAUCUUCCGAAUUGUGCACUUCCAGUUGUGAAAGAAUACGAAACGCCGCUGGGAAAUUUGAAGAUUGACAAGGAUAUUUUAAAUGAGCUUCAAUCUACCGGCUUAUUCUGCACGAUGGAUCCUUCAACAGACGAAGACGAGCACUCAAUCGAAAUGCAACUGCCAUACCUCGCUCAUCUCUUCCAAAACCGCCUUCAAGAAGUCACAUUUGUCCCGAUCAUGGUCGGCUCAGUGAAGGAAGAAAAAGAAGCGCAGUACGGGCAAGUUCUGGCAAAAUAUCUAAAUGAUCCAGACAUUGCUUUUGUUAUUUCUUCGGACUUUUGCCAUUGGGGAAAGAGAUUCAGAUAUACGUUUCGUUUGGAAGAAUACGAGCAGAUCUACGAAUCGAUCGAGGCUGUCGAUCGAGAGGGAAUGGACCUGAUAGAAACGAAAAGCCUAUCGAACUUUCACGAUUAUCUCCGUCGAACGAAAAACACAAUUUGCGGUCGAAAUCCUAUAUGUUUGCUUCUAGCCACAAUAAAUUAUCUUGAGCAAAAGGGCCAGAUGCAGUCGAAAAUCAAGUUUUUAAAGUACGACCAGUCGAGUCAAGUUCGUUCGCCAAAUGAUUCCUCUGUUUCUUACGCUUCUGCUGUCUGUUAUAUUUGA